AUGUGUUACAUCCUGUUGACUGUGGGGGGUGUUUCCCAUCCCAGCCGACCAGAGGCUCAGAUCAGCCGCUGGAGGGACAGUGACAGCUCUACAACUGCUAUCAUGCAACUGACACGCCUGGAAGCUGCGUUCAUACUUGGGAUAAUGAUUCAUCAGAUAUCGAGCAGCAGCAUUUCACCUCCACCUUCCAACAGUUUUGCUGAUGUGGACACCUGCAUGUCAAAUCUAUGCAAGUGGAGUCAAGAAGCAUUUUACGGCAACAUCUGUGAGGAUGAAGGCUGCCAAAUAAAAGGCUCAGAGGUCUGUAACUUGACCAUCCAGACUGUGCUGGACCAAUUUCCCUCUCUGCACGGGUGUGUGUGUGCCUGGGAGGAGGAGCUUUGUGGCUCUAUACAAGCACUGGCCACACAAUGCAACCAAAAGACAGCAGCACAGAAGAGGAGAGCAGGGGUGGACUGGCAGUCAAGCAGUUUCAUAAGAUAUGUACAAAACGGUGCUGAAUCCUGUUUGGACCAAAUGAAAGGGUGCGUCAAUGAUGCAGUUUGCAACAAGUACCUUAUCCCUGUGAUUCAGGCAUGCAUGGCACCACAAUGUGACCAUGACCGCUGUGAGAAAGCGUCUCAAAAGUUCUACAGCAGCAUGCCACAGAAAGUUGCAGAAAUAAUUGUCAUGUGCGAAUGUAAGGAUUCGGAUCAAAACUGUCUGGAUAUAAAAACUGCUCUGCAAAGCGGCACAUGUGGAGACCAGAUAUGGAUCUGCCAGGAUACCGUUAACCUGUGUGUUGAGGACAGAAGCUGCAGGCAUGUCGCUAUUCUUUCCCUCCUUUCAGUAUGUCUUGAACUGCAAAAAUACUACAGAAGAAAAUAG